AUGUAACAGACAGCAAUGGAUCCUAAGAAUGAAGGACCACUUUCAGAUCUGGAGGGAGAAGCCAAUCUAAAGAAAUCCCCUACUACUCUCCAAAGAUUUAUGAAGCGGAGAAUCAAGAGUAAGAGACUGUAGAAGCCAAGUUUUAUACUUGACUCUCUAGCCAUUCCAAACGCCUAAAAGGAGGAUACCAUCUAUGACUCAUUAAGAGACCAGCAUCUAAUAAGGUUUUUUGAAAGAAAGCAAACCUUCAGAAAUCUCAUAAGGCAGGGUUUGAUAGAUAAAAAUGGGACUAUAAUUGAGAAGGCAAGAAAUAACUUGAGCAGCUUCGGGAUUUAUGCACACAACGAUGAAUAUGCCCAAGCUUUGAAGAACAGAAAGUACACCUCCGUGGAAGUAAAAGAGCGAUCUCAGCUAAAGAACGAGAAUCAAACCACAAGCAAAAAGGAGAAGAAAGAUAAAAAGGAUAAGAUCAAGCACUCAGAUAGCAUUAAGAAGACAGGGGGUGAUCCAUAUGUAACCUAGAAUUAUAGCACACUUGAUCUUAAAAAAGAGAAACUAUUCUACCAAAAGAGCAAAGAUGACAAUCUGACUCCAUAAAACUUUAAUCAUAAAUAAGAUAAAUAGUCUAUUAACAGUAAUUUUCAGAGUGUUACUCCAUCAGUAGUUGCACAUCAUCAUGAUAAUAGAUCACAGAAAUCUCUUGAGAUGUCAUUGCCAAGACUCCCUCCAAUUAUGCUGAGGUAGAGUAUAGCUAAUGUCGCUUUUACCAAUAUGAAUAAAUCCUCGCAUAAAAAUCUUAUAAAGCUCAGCAAACAAUUUUUAAGGAAAGGUGAAUCAUCACAGCUAAGUCGUAAAGAAAAAGAUUUUAAAGAAGGCAAUAUUAAGAUCAGAAGCAAAAGAAAGGGCAACAAAUCAGUUCUAAAUACAUACUCAACCAAUCCACAUGACAAUGUUCAACCAAUAAGUAAGGAAGAACUAGACGUGAUCAUAGAGAAAUAUAAAAAUUAAGCUUAAAAGCACAGCUACAACACUUAGAGCAUCAACACUCACAGAAGUAAUGGGGCAGCUAAUCAAAAUGAAGAGCAUGAGAACGUUAGCUCAAAGCAAUUUGAGUUGCUUAACAUUAAUGAUGAUCAUAAUAAAGAAUCAGCAAAACAGAUAAAGCGAAUGAAAACAGAGAAAAAGGACUUGAAAACUAACAAGCAUCUUAAAAACUUCAUUAUAAAUUGCUACCCCUAUUUGCAGACAAAUGCUAAUGGAGAAAAAUAUUUUCAGGAAUUAGCAAAAGUUAGCAAAUCCAAAAAAGUAUCUAAGAAGCAGCUCUGA